AUGGAUCUCACCCGUGUCAUUAAACCCUGGAAACUGCACCCGCACAAAACCCGAACCUUCGUGAACGCAACAAUCAUCGACCCAGUCAGCGGCGAGCUGAUCCCCAAGGCCACUAUCAAGCUAUCAGAAGGCUUGAUCAGUCGUGUUGACAUCGAUGGAUCUCCCUCAUCCGAAGAGAAUACCGGGGACGUGAUUGACUUGAGUGGAAAAUAUGUGUGCCCAGGACUGAUCGACUGCCAUGUCCAUAUUGCAGUUACCCCCGGUGAAGCCGACUUGCGCGCAUAUAAGGACAUGACCGAGCGCAUCAGUCUUCUUCGUCAACCGCACGUUCUCAAGACAAUGCUCGGUCGCGGUUUUACGUCGAUUCGCGACUGCGGAGGAGCCAGCCUCGCGAUGAAAGAAGCUGUGGAAGAAGGUGUCCUUCCAGGACCACGCAUGUUUAUUGCAGGUAUGGCGCUGUCACAAACUGGAGGCCAUGGUGAUAUGCGAGGACCGCACGAUGAUAAGCUAUGCUGCGGCGGAUCUAUCUCCGGAAUCAGUCGUAUUGUCGAUGGACCAGCAGAGUGCUACAAGUUUGCCCGCGACGAGCUGCGACAAGGCGCCGACUUCAUCAAGAUUAUGGGCGGUGGUGGUGUGGCUAGUCCGACGGAUCGCAUUGAGCAUGUACAGUUCUCGGACGAGGAAAUCAAGGCCAUCGUCACCGUUGCAAAGAAUGCCGGAACAUAUGUCACCAGCCACAGCUAUACUCCCCAGGCGAUUCAACAAGCGAUCAAUCUUGGAGUGCGUGGAAUCGAGCACGGCAAUCUGCUUGACCUCGAAACCGCCAAAAUGAUGGCGGAAAAGGACUGCUUUCUCACCCCGACACUGAUCGCCCAUGUUAUGUCGAAGCAGAUGAAUUUUCUCCCAGCCAAAGGAGCCCUGAAGAACGACGAGGUUCUCGAAAAGGGGCUAAGAGCCAUGAAGAUGGCCGCGGAUACAGGGGUGACGGUUUGUUUCGGUAGCGAUCUUCUGGGGCCGAUGCAUUUUGCACAAAGCAAGGAGUUCUCGGUUCGCAGCAAAGUUCUCAGCUCUCUUCAAAUUUUGCAGAGCGCGACCAUCAAUGCCGCUCGUCUUUUGAUGCGUGAGGAUUGCCUGGGUCAGAUUCGGGAGGGAUUUGCGGCUGACAUGUUGGUGCUUGAUCGCAAUCCUUUGGAAGAUAUUACGGUUCUGGAUCGGGCGGAGGAAACUAUCUUGGGAGUUAUCAAAGACGGACGGGUUUAUGAGUCGCGGUUAGAGGGUCUCAAAAGAGAAAUUUAA